UCUGGAUGCUGCAAGCCACCCACAGCAUGCGGCUUCACUUAUCAGAGUGAAACUGUCUGGCUUAAAUCCAACAACUCAACAUCGAACAACACAGACUGCAAUGCGUGGGAUAAUAACCCUUCCAUCCUUUGCUACAGCUGCCAAUCUUGCAAGGCUGGUGUGCUGGCCAACAUCAAGGAUGACUGGAAGAAGGUUGCGAUCAUCAACAUCAUAGUCCUUGUCUUCCUUAUCAUUGUCUACUCGAUCGGCUGCUGUGCCUUCAGGAACAACAGGCGGGACAAUGCUUAUGGCGGAUGGAAAGGAUACCCAUAG